AUGUUGCAGACAUUGAAUCCUUACAACUCCACUGCUAAAACCGCCCAAAUCAUGGCCAGGUACCGGCCAAUAGCACCAAGGCCGAAUGGCGGCGGUGCUGGUGGAUGUGAGGCGGAGGGAUCGGGAUCUGGUUCAGGUUCUGGGUCUGGGUCCUCCUCAUCGCCGACGGCAAUGUCUCCGACCAUCCGGCAGUCGCCUUACCUGAGAAACAUCUGGCCUCAUUUGCAGUCAAGGCCGACGAGAACCAGGAAGAGAGGGCGGACGUCGCUUGGGCCACCGCCGCCGCCUGCUUUCAAAAGACCUAGGACUCUCCUCCAAGGGCUUGCUCCUGCACCGACCACCCCCAGAAGUCUAUCAAUUCAAGGGUUUGCUCCGAUUCUAAAUUUUCCGACCACCCACCCCACCCUCGUCACCCUCCCUCUUCUCCCUUGUUCUUCACCCCACCACCACCGCAACAUGCAGCAACCAAAUGUCAUCGACCUCAACACGGCGGCGGAAAUCCCAGAAGAGAAAGACCUCCUCGCACAAUUACAAAAACCCACCACAAAUAUCAUCUCCCCAAGGCCAAUCCGACUCAUCUCCUCCACCGUCAGUAUCAAAACCAUAAAAAACGACACCGGGUUUCGUUCUCCGUCGGCGCCGGCGACCGGACUAAAAAAAGCAGAGGAAGUCGAGAAAGAGUUGGAAUCAGAGGUGUUACCAGCCUUCGUCUCCGACUCCAACCACAAAGUCCGGCUAGUGAAUUCAGCCUACAAGAAGAUGGUAGGGCAACCGGAGUGCCCGUGGCUCGAGUCCAUCAUGACCGGCGGCGGCGGUGAUACAUGCAAGAGCAUCUGCGGCGAGGUGGUGCUUAAUUUGCCGGAUUCCGAUGGUCGGAAUCCAAUUUCAAUUUCUUCAGGUGGGUUUUCGUGUUGGGCGAGGAUCGAAUGGGGAGUGAAUGGGAAGAAGCAUUUGGUGAAUGCUUUUGGUGAUGCGAAGAGGUUAACAUGUGAAUCAAAGGACUAUGCAUUCGCAUGGAGGUUCAAACUCAAAGCUUCGGAGUCUGAAAGAGACUUGAUAUAG